AUGGCAGUAUCUCUCAAAGCGAUCAGAUAUGUGAAGUCAGCUCUCGGACUUGGUUUAUUCUUUCUUGCUCAUAAUACUUUGUCUUUAUUUGCCUAUAGUGACUCUGAUUGGGGUUCUUGCUUGAUGACAAGGAAGUCUAUCAUUGGCUUCUGUAUUUUUCUUGGCUCUUCUCUGGUUUCUUGGAAAUCCAAGCGCCAAGCUACCAUUUCCAAGUCUUCCUUCGAGGCUGAAUAUAGAGCUAUGACCUCUACUAUAUGUGAGCCUGUUGAUAUUCUUACUAAAGCAUUUGGCAAGACUCUUCAUCAUCACAUGUUGCUCAAGUUGGGUAUGCUGGAUCUUUAG